GGGCUGGGUGGGCUGGCUGUCACGGGGGGUGUGGAUAGAAAUUUGAACCAUCUUCAAAAUAAAUAUUUGUCCAACGUGUAGUAAUUUAUUUUGGCGGUAGUAAAACACGUUUAAACGACAUAAAAUGGCCGAAACUGCAGAAGUAAAUGCGAGUGUGUCUGUCUCUGAUAUCUUAAUAGACAGUAAGUCGGAAAGCAAAGAAAUCGGAGGCGAGAUCGCGACCGAAAACGGUUCAAAACCGGCCACGUCGAGUGAAGGAACUCCAGACAAGUUUGCUCCGGCAGAAAAAUAUUGGACGACUGCUCGCGAUGGCGCUGUAAAGCUACGGGUGGGAACAACAGAACAUGACAACGAUACGCCGAUAACUGUUCACGAGUCGUUUAAACGAACUGUGGAGAAAGCAGGCGAUUACACGGCCCUUGCUGUGAAGCGUGAUGAGCAAUGGAUAAAAUGGACUUACGCACAGUAUAUGGAAGACUGUCGAACCGCCGCAAAAGGCUUUAUUAAGGUAAUAUAACUUUCUAGAGGAUUUGAAGAUAUUAGCAGUAUGCGGGGGUGUAAAAUAUCGGGUUUAUUUCUGUGUUGUUCGAGGCUAAAAGCUCCGAAUCAGGUGCUGAAAAGCGAGGCUUUAAUUUGAAAUAUAAUACCGUGCGAUGUAUUUUGUAAUCGUACUUUCGCGCUUUCUCUAAAAAUAUUCAUUAAAAACACGUACAUGUACAGCUUGUAAAUUUACAUUGUGGUUGUACAAAAUUUGGGGGAUUUCGAUGGGAUAUGCAGCUUUUAUACAGCUGUAAACUUGUUGAAAAUUUGUGUGUUUUGUGCAUGUGACAUGUUGCAUUGUUGCUAUGUUAUAUAAGUGGCAAUGCUGUUGUUGCAUUGUAGCUUUGUGCUAUAAAGCUUAUAAUGAUCCCGAAAAUAAACAGUUUGAUAAAUAAUGCUUGUUUAAUGUCUUUUUUACGUAUAUAAAGCUUCAAACGUUAGGUCUAUUUGGAAAAUUUCGCAAAUUUAAAUUAUUGUUUGUCAAAUAUAUACCCAGGUGAUUUCUCAAUAUUAUGGAGAAGAAUGUUGCAUAUGGGUAAAAUUUGGCAAUAAAUUUAAAUAACACAUGCUUGGCUGUGCGUGUCAUAAUUUACAUAUUUAAUAAUAUUUGUAGCUCUUUCAUAAACAGGUAAAUCCUUCGGACAUCAUGCUAGUUUUUAUAUUGGGUAGUUGGUAGUUAAUAAUUUACUAUAUAAUAUUUCAAAUGUUAACUUAUUAAGUUUUAAAGCAGUAUUCUUGGGUUUCAUUUGAUCUCACAGAAGUUGCAGGGGGUCAAAUCUAAAACAAAGCACAGUUACCAGUUUGAGUCGAUUGGCCUUGUGUUUGGUGGCAAAUACAUGGAAUUUCGUAUCAUUUUCUCCAGUACAGCAUAAGCAUCAAUACAUUUGAGGUUGAUCCCCUUCAGAUUCACUGCAUAAUGCCGUAGUGAAACCCAAGAAUAUAUGAAACAGAAUUAUUGCCAUGUUUUUACCUGAAGAAUAGCUGCUUUGUAUAUUGUUUUUAAAUAAUUACAUUGCAUUCUUUGUGCAUACCAUAGCUGCCAAUUGUCACUCAAUGGUUAUUUAGGGAUGGUAUUAUUCAGAGCAUGUGAUGAUCAUGUGAACAUUUUGUUACAUUCAUUGUUUACAUUUUGAAAGAGUCUUUGAAAUUCAAUCUUUGCCUUUUAUCCAAAGUUCAAAGUCAACUUGAAUAUAUUUUGGCUAAUGAUGAUGACCUAUGAUCUUUGAUGUUCUUAUUAGGCAACUCAAGAUUCUGUGGCAGACUUUUAAUUAGUAAAUUAUUGAGCAUGUUAAUGGACCAAUCCCCAAUUAACCAAAAUUUUGAACUCAACAAGUCUAGACAAAAAUUUCAUCACAGCUUGAAAGAGCAUCACAAAGCUAUAUUAUCUGCAUUUUACAACAUUUUGCAACGAAACUUUGGAGUACGUAUUACUAAUUUUGUGAUGCUCUUUCAUGCUGUGAUGGAAUUUUGUCUAGACUUGUUGAGAUCAAAAUUUUGGUUAAUUGGGAAUUGGUCCAUUGAUGUCAACAUUUUCCUGGUCCUUUAAUUGAUUUCACUCAGAUAACAGUGUGUUUGCAGAGCCAAUGGUGCCAAUUUAAUAGGUCGAACAUUUCCUAGUUAAUUUAAUAUAGUUUACUUAAAAAGUUACUAACGUUUUACCCUUGGAAAAACCUUAACCCAUUUAGCCACCACUGUCUAAAACAAGAUGAUUUUAUCUGCACAGGGAAAUAUUUUUGGCUUUAACAUUUGGUUAAAAGCACCCUGAUGUGCCUACUUUACUCUGUCUAUAUAAAAUGCCAGAGGAUUUUACUUGUCAAGGGGAGAGUUUUGCCACUCAAUGGGUUAAUCAGAGUGUUAACCCUUUAAGUGGCAAUGUGCCCUACUUUAUUAUUUUACUCUGUCUAUAAAUUCCAGAUGAUUUUACUCGUCAAGGAGAGAGUGCUGCCACUAAACUUGAAUCGAUGUGUUUGUAUACAUUUUGUCUAUAAUUUUGUAUCAUAUACAAUAUUACUUAUAUAGUAGAGUAUUAUUUAUAAAAUAAAAUGUUUUUCCCUUAUAAAACGUAGCAAUGAGACCUGAAACGAAUUUUUUUGGCCUGAAUACUUUGCAGACUAUAAUAUCCUCCUAUUAGUCAUAUAUAUGGUAUUUGGUAGAUAUUAGUAUAAUAGGGGCAAUUAGCAAAGAAUUUAAGUGUUGAGUAGGUGUUAUAAAGUAUAUCUGACUUCCGCCCACUCUUCAAAAAAUCUUUCAGAUACCAUCUCUUAUUAUUUCAUUUCAUUCACCAAGAUGUUUUAAGACAAAUGUACAAAAACAAUUUAUUCAUUCAAUUUACUGACAAUCUUUUUGUAAAGUGAUAAGGGGGGUGGGGGGGGGAUGGGGGUUAGCAUCACACCCCAACCCUUUCCCCACUAUGUUUGUCACUGUAUCUUUAUUUGGCAUUCCUUAACAGUUAUUAAUGUGUGAGUAAUCUGCCUUUGACCUACAAAAUUGCCUGGUGUUAGAAGAGUGUAAAAAGGUAAAGAAAGUUUAUACAUGCCAUAAAUGCGAUUCAAUGAAUUGUUUAAGUUUAAGUAGGAAAAAUUAUCAGAGGCAAAAUUUGUUUAAGGGAAACCACAAAACCGCAAAUCAUGUGAACAUCAGUCAUUCAUUAUUGCAUAUGUCUCGUUUAUUUUAAUUUGCGUCAUGAGUCUUGUUUUAUUUCCGCCCUAACCACAACUUUGCGUGAUCAAAACAUCAAAAUUAACCACAAAAUGUCUAGAAACUCUUUGAAUCUUUUUAUCUUCUUGUUUUCAAAAAUUGUAUGGCUUGUUUCAUUGAUUAUGCGCAAGACAGAUUGCUUAAAGCUUUGUUCACAGACUUCGUAAUAUGGCGGACCAUGCUCAGAUAUGCGCGAUUCGCCCUCGACUAUUACGAACGCAAUACCAACUGCUAAUUACUUUUUGAGUAGUUUUUCGGUAAUAAAUUACUUGUUGUAAGAAAGUAAUUUUGUAACGUAAUUUAUUACUUUCUAAGGUGACAACUAAGUAACAUUUUGAAGAAAGUAAUUUGCGAAAGUAAUUUGCGUUUUAUUGAAGUUGAAUGCUUGUCGAGGGUAAUAAAUGCAACGCAAUUUAAUUAUUAAGAUUUGUUUUAUAUAUUGCUUAGGUGCAUUUUGUUAUUGUAUUUGUAUUAUUAUAUAAUAUUAACGUUAAGAAUUCAAGCGCUUUCAUUGGUCGAGAGUUAUUUGUUAUUCCCACAUUAUGACGUCAUACUGUGUAUCGAUCUAUAACUGUACAGACAACGGCAAAAUCUUAUCUAUUUAUCUAAUUUUUUAUUAUAAAAAACCUCUGAAAUUUGUACAGUUAUAGCUAUGCUUGAAUUCAUCGCGUAUCGUGCGUCCUGUGACUCAGUGUCAACAUGCAAUGCGAAUCGAGAAUUCGUUUUGAAAAUGUCUCCUGAACAUGAAAAUAUAAACUGACUUUUAUCCGCAUUGUUGCGAUCAAAUUAUCCUUUCUCACGAAUGCCAAAAUCCGCCAUUUUUGGGGUACUGUCUGCCCUCGUGAAAGAUUCUAGACAAUUCAAACAACGUGAAAAGCGACGUUUAAAGUUGUAACUGUAAAUUUACCAUUAUACAAACAACUACAAUACUAAAAAGUUGUAUUUCGUGGUGCAGAGACUCUCAAACGCGGAAGAGGCAGUACCCCCAAAAUGGCGGGAAAAUCUGCCGUGAGAAAUGCUAAUUUCAACGUGAUUAGCUAAAGCGACGCGGUUGUUUUUCACGUGUUAAAUGCAAAUUAGUUGUUUUUUUAUUCUAAAUCGCCAUUUUCAUAGCUUGGUUUGGAAAGUUUUAACGGAGUGUCAAUUAUUGGAUUCAAUUCACCAGAAUGGCUCAUUGCUGAUAUUGGAGCGAUUUUUGCCAGGUAAACUACGCAUUUAAAAGAUGAUCGAGGGUUCGAAAUUGAAAUUUUUUCAGCAUCCAACUGGGUUACGAAUGCUAUGCUGAAUGGACCUUUCCCCUUAUAACUAAAAUUUUGAUCUAGACAAAAAUUUCAUCACAGCUUGAAAGAGCAUCACAAAAUUAGUAAUAUUCCAAAGUUUCGUUGCGAAAUGUUGUAAAAUGCGGAUAAUAUAGCCUUGCGAAAUUUGCCGUUUUUCAGUCAUUUUGUAUUACGCAUGGGAAAUUGACAGCCCAAUCGGGUGUUGGGGCAUCAGUUUGCCGUUUGUAAUACAAAAUGACUGAAAAUUGCAAAUUUCGCAGGGCUAUAUUAUCCGCAUUUUACAACAUUUCGCAACGAAACUUCGGAAUAUUACUAAUUUUGUGAUGCUCUUUCAAGCUGUGAUGAAAUUUUUGUCUAAACUUGUCUAGAUCAAAAUUUUAGUUAUAAAGGGAAAGGGUCCAUUGCGAAGGACGAAGCUCAACUUGAUCGAGUCGAAGGCUUUCUAAGAGCGCUUCUGGUACAACCACCUUAUGACUCACGUCUGAUCACAUAGCAUAACUACGGUGGAAGGCUCUGAUCCCAACCCACCCUGUCAACGUUCACUAUGGGAGGAAACCGGAGCAACCAGAGAAAACCCACGACUUUCGGUAGAGCGUUGACUGCAGGCCUUAAAAUAUCGGUCGGUCACGGACAUUGUCCGACCCAUUCAUCAAAUUGUCCGACGUAGGGGCGGCGAGUGAAAUGGUGAGGUGGAAAACGGGCUUAAGUUAUCGAAGUCGUACUGCUAUCAUUGGCAUACAUACAUACAUACAUACAAAACUUUAUUUAGGCAAGGAAGUUAAUUUUGGCUUGGAAUAAGUAUGAAUGACACAAAUUAUUUAAUAUCUUCACAACAUUUAGUUCAGAAUGAAUACAUUAUGCUGAUAUUAAUUUGCGUCAUUCAGACUUAUUUCCGACCCAAACUGAACUGAAGUCAUCGGACAUAUGUCCGACCCAAACUGAAAGGCAUCGGACAUUUUGUCAGACGGCCCUGUAAAAGAUAUUUUAAGGCCUGAGUUGACUGACUCUUUUCACGUGAAUGUGUUGAGUCCUGAACGAGGAAACAAAGCACCAUAAGGCAUAAGAUUGGGUAAAAAGCUAUUUUAUUUGCUAAAGGGGUUUGGCUGUUGGUGUCUACACGACAAACUCUCCUGAGGCGUGCAAAUAUGUCAUUGAAGAUUCGUGUUCUGCAAUUGUCGUGGUGGAGAAUAACAUACAACUUGGUAAAGUUUUGGAGGUAUGAAACGCUCUCUGUAUGAAUUGAAUAGCCGUUUACCGAACACUGGUAAUUCCACUGUUCCGCAUGCCAUCCAGUCACGAUCCAAUGAUCAGAAUGUUCCAUUGUCUUUUCAUUGAUUUGAAAAUCCCACUGGUCUCCAUGCCAUCCAGUCAUGAUCCAGUGAUCAGAAUGUUCCAUUGUUUUUUCAUUGUUUUGGAAAUCCCACUGUUCUCCAUGUCAUCCAGUCAUGAUCCUGUGAUCAGAGUGUUCCAUUGUCUUUUUAUUGUUUUGAUAAUCCCACUGUUCUCCACGCCAUCGAAAUACUCGUUAUUUUCUCCCUCAGAUAACUGCAGAUUGACCACACCAAUCACUUUGUCGAUAACGUUAAGUUGGUUGUAUUCUAGGUUUGGGAUCAAUUGCCAAACCUCAAAGCUGUUAUCCAGUAUACUGGUGAACUAGAGGACAAGUCGAAUCCCAAUGUAUAUACGGUAAAUAAACUACUAGUGUUUUAUAUUCGUUUGCAACUACAGUCAAGGUGGAGAAUUUUUCAACGGGCAAUGUUUCAACCCCGUGUUGAAAGAAUAUUUAAUUAAGCAUUGGACAAUCUGGGUAGAGAGGCAGUCUCGUUCGAAUCGCGCUCGAGAUAACCAAUUUUUCCUUCUAUUCAGUAGUCCAGUUGCAUUAUUUAGCUCACUCCCCAUUGGGGCUUUUCAGUGACCGAUUACAUCAAGUAUUACGCUUACUUAUGUUACCCUUAGAUUAUUUAUCUUUAUAACAAUUGUGAUAUUACUUUCUUAAUCGUGUUUAUCCUAACCCACCCUGUCAACUUUCCUGUGGGAGGAAACCGGAGCCCCGGGAGAAAAUCCACGACUUUCGGCAGAGCGUUGACUGACUCUUUUCACAUGAUCUCAGAGGUGGAAGGCCUUGCUGUGACGACAGUGUCAGAAUAAUAUGAACCAUUUAAUCUGCCGGGUACACACGUAAAAAUCUCACAACUUGUCAACAAGAUGUGUUCGCAACAGGCUUGUAGCACGCUUGUCAACAAGUUGUGACAAUGCUGUUAUUUUAGGGACGGGUCAUUAUUUAUGGUGGGGGGUGGCACCGAAGAGAAAUGUUUUCCGUGUCAAAAAUUUUGCUGGCCCAACCAUUAAAAAGGCAAAAAGUUGAUUACCCAACCUCAAAUAUCAAUUAAAAAAUAACUACCCACCCCUGGCCAAAAACUUAACAAAAGGAUACCAUUCAGUUGUCAUACACGUCCUUUAUCACUUCAGUGACAUGAGUUUGAUAACGGCUUGUGAAAUUUUCUGCAGUCUAAAGUUUCAUGUUGUCUGCACAUGUACUUUCUUUGGAAACACAAUUUGUUUUGUCAAACUAUGAUCAAGAUAGUGACUCUUGAUUGAUUCACAUAUUGUAUUGAUAAAUGACUGUUGACAUUGCUUUUCAGUCUCCAACAUUUCAGUGGGUCAUGCUUUGGAAAUGACAAUAAAUUUUUAUUACCCAACCCUUGAGUUGUUUUGUUUUUCAUUUACCCAAGCUUUUACUUAUUCAAAAUUUUGUUUACCCAACCCUUUUCUAUUCGGUGCCACCCCCCCCCCCCAAUAAAUAAUGACCGCUCCCUUAUCAAGUUGCUACAAGUUUGUCACUCACAACGUUUUGACAAAUUGUUGAAUCGCAGGACGAUAACAAGUUGUUGGAACAACUUGUAACAAGUCUGUGGAGCUCAACAACCUUGUAGCAAGUUGACAGCUUGUGAACAAGCUGGGAACAACCAGUGCGAACACAUUGUUGUUGAAACAGCAUUGCUACAAGUCUGCUGCACGUUUGUUACAACUUGUGCGUUUUUAUGCGUGUAAUACAUUCACUUGACCAUUGUUUUAUUGAAUCUAGUGGAAAGAUUUCAUGGAGUUAGGGAAAUCGUGUGAUGACGCGGAGUUAAAUGCGAGAAUCAACGCUCUUAAAGUGAAUGAGUGUUGUACCUUAGUUUAUACCGUAAGUAUAAAUAUAUUCUUGUGAUGGAUGUGAACGAGUGGAUAAGUUAUGGAUGUCCAGAUGAGGGUGAGUUUCACUCAAGACUUAUAACAAUAGGGAAACGCUAGCAUGCUGGUCAACUUCCGCUCUAUGCCUUGUGGAAGCAAGUAAAUUUCGUUAAAUUGCAUAUACUUGAUACCAAACACAAGAUCAAUACUUAUAUAAUGAAUAUUUAACUCGAUCUGAUAAAUGUGUUUCCAUUUCGAGUUGACCAUGAGGGGCCGGUUGUAUAAAACUCUUAAUCACUUUUUUAAUCACUAUUUUGUAGUUAAAUAGUGAUUAACUCUCAAAUACGCGCUUCUUAUUGGAUGACGUUUCCACUAACUAUAUAGUUAACUUUAAUCACUUUUUUAUACAACUGGCCCCAGGCGCUAAACGUAUUACGUGACUGAAACCUAGGUAUACUCGGAAAAUUCAUAACUUAUUUACUCGUUCACAUGCAUCAGAACAAGAAAAUCGCACUAGAAUUCGCAGGCAGAAUUGCAAGGGUGAACGGAUCUUAAGUAGAAAAUAAUGGUUACUGCGUCAUGCAGAAGUUGCUCAUAUAUGCUAUUCUGUUGUUUAUCUAUAUCCUCAUUAUUUUAGUCUGGAACAACUGGAAGUCCUAAAGGAGUUAUGCUGUCUCAUGAUAACGUAAGAUCUUGUUUAAUCUACAAAUUUAAACCACAGUAAUAUUACCAAGGAUCAUGGUGGGAACUUUACAAGAACUUGGACCAUCGAACAAUGUGAUUGAAUUGUCAGUGUAAUUCGACUAUUAUGUAUUGUAAUCCGUUUCUCAUUUUUUUCCCAGAUUGUGUUCACCAGCUCGAAAGCUUGCGCAUUACUGGGCAUGAACUAUAGGACUGAACACACUAUCAGCUUUCUUCCGUUGAGUCACAUUGCUGCACAGGUUAGAAACAAUAGGCAACUUGCAUGUUAGACUAACUUUUUUUUAGGCAAAAAAAAAGUAAAUUCCCGUAAAGAACGUAUUAAAAUAAGUAAAAUUGCAAAAUUUGGUUACAAAAUGUUGUAAAACACAGAAAAUAUAGCCUUGCGAAGUUUGCAUAUUUUCAGUAUGUUUGUAUUACGUGCGGAAAUUGUUACCAUUUUUGAGCCGAAAAUGGUAACAAUUUCCGCACGUAAUACAAAUAUACUGAAAAUAUGCAAACUUCGCAAGGCUAUAUUUUCUGUAUUUUACAACAUUUCGCAACCAAAUUUUGCAAUUUUACUAAUAUCAUUAUGUUCUUUUUAACUGUUGUAUGUAAUUCCCUUCUCUUUACUUAGAUUAAAAUUUAGUCUAACAUGCAAGUUGUCAAUUGAAACAUACCGGACUUUUUCCAGCACUGCAUCUACUGUUCAUAUACAAUUACUUUAUGGUUUCCGUGUGUGGAUGGCCUGGUCCCAACACGCGGGAAUGUUGCGAGAGUUAAGAAAAGCGCGCGAAACACGAGCCGAAAGCGAGUGAUUUUGUGCGCUUUUCUUAACUCGAGCAACAUUCCCAAGUGUUUGGAUCAGGCCAUCCAAACACGGAAACCAUAAAGUAAUUGUUUUAUAAAAUAACAACUUUCCGUGUUAAAAUUUUACUUUAAAAAAAUUUCACUUUAAAUUUACGUGUUUGUCGAUCUCUAGCCCCAAGUUCAUGCGUUUACACACAACGAUUAAUCGGGCCGAUUUAGGUUGUGCCGGAUGUUAAUGACGAAUGUUCUCAGUUGACGAUGUCGUUAGAUGACGGUGACAGCGUAUUUUUCAAAUAUCGUUUAUUUAAAGCUGAAUCGGCCCGAUUAUUUGUUGUAUGUAAACAUACCUUCAUGGGUCAUUAUCAGAUUUUGUUGGUAUCUCACUCGAUUGAAUAAUAGUUGAAGGUUCUUGUAAAUGGAAAUUAUCGAGUGGAAAUUUAUAUGAAUUUAUUGUUGAUUUCAGUUACUGGAUAUCCACAUGCCAAUAUUUGGAGCUGCAACGGUCUGGUUUGCUAAACCUGAUGCAUUAAAGGUAGUGCAACUGAAAAGCUUACGCAGGCUCAUAACUGGAACGCUACCUUCAGAUAAACUGCCUAUCUUUUUCUUGAAGCCAAAUCUGACCUCCAAACACGCGUGUUUCUAUCAUGAUUGAUUGAUUGAACGCUCUUCGCAUGCGUGAAAAGACUGGGACUUCCUUCGAGUUUGGCUUCAAAUGUCCUGUUGGAGGUAGCGUUCCAGUUAUAUUCAUUUCAAAAUGCAGAUUUGUACAAAACUUGAAAAUACUUGAAAGUUCUUGAAUUUGGAAACAAAAAUUCCAAGCCUUGAAAGUUCUUGAGUUUAUAAAGAAGUGCUUGAAAGUCCAUAAAUUGUUCUUGCUUUAGUGGAUAUUUUUUGAAAUUGUUUGGCAUUAGGAAUUGGACAUUUUGUAAAUUGAUUUUGUUCAUGUCUUGCAAAAGCCAAAGCUGUUUGAAAUUCAUUAAAGUUGCCGUUUGAACAGUUUAACGUCACAUUUUUACUGAUUUCUAACGCCUCCUUUCAGCCCUUUAGUCGUCGAAUUUUCUGAUAUAUGGCCUUGAAAAGUACGCUAAAGCUCCUGAGAUUUUAAAUUCUGUCACAAUCAUGUUUUGUUUUUUCUUAGGGAACUCUCAGUCAAACUUUAAAAGAAGUGCGUCCAACAAUGAUUAUGGCUGUCCCAAGGUUAGCGGCUGCGCGGAAGAACCAGUGUUUUACAAUAUAUUACACUUUAUUGCAUAUUAUUCGGCACUAACACAGCUGGGAUUUAUAUUCUCAGUUAAGCAAUCUCGUGUUAAGAAAUUGUUUGGAGGGCCCUUUUUGGAGCUGGGGACUCGGGGCAUAGUUCCCCCCUCUCGGCGGCCCUGCUAACCACAACUGCCACACGUUCGUCCCCGAAACUGUUUCGAGCUGCCGUGGUUGGUAUCUGAACUACCAUCUUUUCUUCAUCUCAGAGUUUGGGAGAAGAUCAUGGAGAAGUUACAAGAACUUGGACGAAACACGACGGGAAUCAAAAAGAGAAUAUCAACUUGGGCAAAAGGCGUUGGUCUUCGAGGAAACAUGAAUAUAGAACAAGGGUAAGCAAGCAGUGGACGCGGUUUUUUGUUUGGUUUUGCACUUUUGCUAAAAAUGAACAAGGCUAUGAAACUCUGAUAUAUGUAAAUCCUUUACAUGUAACCACUUUAAUCUUAUAGAAACACAUAAGUAUUUUCUAAACGACUUUUUAAACGUUUAUUAAAAGUUUGUACAAUUUAGCAAAUGUUUUACAGCUGACAUUAUUUUUAAAAAUUAAAAAACAUUGCUUCAUAGCUAGUUUUUUUGGUCUAGUGAUAUUCGUAUCAUAUGCAGAAUUGCUGUAUGAACUUGCAAUUGAUUUGGCACUCGAAACGAAGGAUUAUUCAACGCUUUUUUUCAUUAUAGAAACCUUUCAGAAAUAGCUUUUUUUUAAAAAAAAAAGCCCGGUCAAGAUUUGUUUCGUUUUGAUCGUGCGGUUGCGUGCGAUAGCCCGCGUACUGGUCCCGCGAACAUCUCGCAUGCUACUGUAGGAAGGCUCCUUAAUAGGGGUUAUAAUACUAGUGUUUUAUUCACAUUGGGACCAGAGAGUUACGCCGCUUAAGAGAGGUGUUCCGUUUACAGGUUCGACCCACUCAGGGCGCGAAAUAACGGCCGGUCAACGGACAUUGUCCGGUCAGAAAGCGGAGUUGUCCGGUCAAAUUCUUGCCUUGCAACUUUCGGUAUAAAAGAACAAACUAAUCUUUACUUGACUUUAUUGCAUGUCAGAACUGCAUGUAUUAUUCGCGACUUCACUAACUACAGCUGUUACAAACUCGAAUCCUUCCUGGAACAUAAGUUAGCUUAACUACAGAACUAGAUGAUUCAUUUUCUAUUUCUUUUUAGACGCCCAGUUCCAUACGGCUGGAAGAUUGCGAAUGCCCUGGUCUUUAAAAAGGUAUGUCAGAACAAGAACUAUAGUUUUGUUUCUCAUUUAAUAGAUUUUGAGCCGUUGCCAACCAAUUCACGUGCAAUAUAUAAUUUAAAUGCUAUGCUUACAUUAUCAGAACAGUGAUAACUAGGCAUGUGAGUUAUCCCACCCAAUUCACUAACAUAUAUAAUUUAAAUGCUUGGUUACCUUUGUUUCAUGCUAUGCUUACAUUAUCAGAACAGUGGUAACUACACGGGUAAAAAUUGAUCAGGUUGUUCGGCGUUGUUCAAACAGGAGUGAACAAUGUUGUGCUGCACCCCGUGAACAAUAUUGUUAACAAGUUGUUAACAUGAUUGUCAACAAGUUGCAACAAUGUUGAUGGUUCAACAACUUGUUAACAAUAUUGUUCACGGGGUGCAGCACAACAUUGUUCGCUCCUGUUUUGAACAACUUGCAUCAACAUGAUGAUUUUUACGCGUGUAGAUAUGUGAGUUAUCCCACCCAAUUCACUCACAUAUAUAAUUUAAAUGCUUGGUUACCUUUGUUUCAUUCUAUGCUUACAUUAUCAGAACAGUGGUAACUAGGCAUGCGAGCUAUACACAGGAAAAAACGCUUAGCCUGUUACAAUGUUGUUGAAAACAGGCCUGAACAAUAUUUUGCUGCCCAUAUUGUUCCUGGUUGUUAACAUAUGGGCAGCAAAAUAUUGUUCAGGCCUGUUUUCAACAACAUUGUUACAGGCAGGCGUUUUUUGCAGUGUAUGUGAAAAUGUGACUUUUGUGUGUCAGCGGGUAUAAACAUAGCUGACUAGGUAUAUAUUCUCAAUUUGACAUUGUGUUUAUUCAACAAGGUCCAUGCAGCUCUUGGCCUAGACCGCUGUCGACAUCUUGCGACGGGCGCAGCUCCGAUCACCAUGGAAACGUUACGGUAUUACCAAAGCCUCAACAUGCCCCUUUGUGAGUUGUAUGGCAUGAGCGAGUGCUCGGGUCCGAUGACCGCAGGCAAGCCAGGGAAGAAUCGCACAGGUUCAUGCGGCCCCGCGCUUGAUGGACUUUCAUGUAAGAUUCAUGAACCCGACGAAGACGGGAAUGGAGAGGUAUAAUAUGGUACAUUUUAGGAUAUAUGGAAACCUUUAGGGGUAAAAGUAGGAGGGGAUGAACUCUUACAUCAAAUCAAAUCAAAUAACUUUAUUCACACUAUUUAAUAUAUAUAUACAUUAUUAAGUAUAAGUAAUUCAUUUUUUUUAGUAUAUAUAGAAGAAAAAGAUAAAAUGAACGAAAAUAUUUCAAACGUGCACGAUGGUUAAAAGAGCAUCAGCUUUCGAGUUAACCAUCGUCUACGUAUAAAUAAAUAGCUAAGCGGUUGAGCUAAUUAUUGAAUUACAUAAUUCUAGUGGUAUGCAAUAUAAUUUGUUUAUUCAUUUAUUUUUAUAAAUUAUUUAAACGGGAAUAAGAGAAAAAAAAAAAGAAAGGAAAUAUAAAGAACGGCCAUUAUAAAUAUAUGCAAAUACUUUUUGUAUAUUAGGAGAAUAAUUAAACAUUGGAUGGCACCAUCAUUGAUUAAUCAUUAAAUUGAUCUUAUAUUGUCUAACAGCUGAAUUGCAAGGGACGCAGGUCGAACAAGACCGAGUCGAAGGCUUAUUACUACGGCAUUUCUGCCCGAUUACGGAGCAGAGCUUAUGUGAAAGAGUUAGUUUUGUGUAGUAUAGUACACCUUAAAACAACUUAGUGCAAUUUCUUCAUGUACAGGUGUGUAUGUUAGGCCGCCAUGUUUUUAUGGGUUAUGUAAACAAUGAAGCGAAAACCAAGGAAGCGCUAGACGAAGAUGGAUACUUACAUUCAGGAGAUAUUGGCAAAAUAGAUGAGGUAUGAAGUUUGAAAUAUUUUUUGUCCUUACUCGUGCCAGCUUAAUCAUUUUUUACUUCUUUGUGUUUUUAGGAUGGAUUUCUAUUCAUCACGGGCAGAAUAAAAGGUACACAUGUAAAAACGCACAAGUUGUAACAAACCUGCAGCAGACUUUAGCAAUGCUGUUCCAACAACUUGUCAACAGGAUGUGUUCGCAUUGCUUGUUGCAACGGCUUGCUGACAACUUGCUACAAGGUUGUUGAACUCGACAGACUUGUUACAAGUUGUUCCAACAACUUGUUGUCGUCCUGCAAAUGCAAUUCAACAAUUUGUCAACAAGUUGUGAGUGACAACCUUGUAGCAACUUGAUGAAACAACAGCAUUGUCACAACCUGUUAACAAGCUUGCUACAAGCCUGUCGCGAACACAUCUUGUUGACAAGUUGCGAGACCGUGUGUUUAGUGAAGGCCGGUAAUACAGAUGAAACGGAUCAGUGAGUGAAUUUCCAAGGCUUUGUUUGUUUUAGAACUAAUCAUCACAGCGGGAGGAGAGAACAUAGCGCCAGUGCCAAUCGAAGAUCAACUGAAAGUGGAAAUCCCAAUUCUUAGCAACGCCAUGUUGAUUGGAGACAAGAAGAAGUUCUUGUCUUGUUUACUUACUCUCAAGGUUGGAUGAUAAAUUUGUAUUUUAAACCCAGGACCAGGGAUGGAUUUACUUCGGGGUGAAGGGGUGGAUGGGGUGUGUCCAACCCUUUGGCAAAGCGAGGGGGUGCCAAUUUCAUUAUUAAAUCCAUUUUUUCAAUCCUGCCGUCACUAUUACCACAAUAAUGCUCCUGAACUCUUCCAGGGGUAAUGUUUCGACUGUUCUACAGAACACUGCUGUGCGUAGCCCCAAAUGAUUAUGAACUCUCGCCCCAAACGGUGACCAUGGGUCGGUGAACAACCCCCUAUCUAACCGGGAGCAGCUGUGAAAAAUGCAACUCUAGGCUCUCUGGCCGGAAUCGAACCUGCGGACCCAAAAAUCCUGAUAAAUUAACAUGCUGUAAUCUUCUGGUUUCAUCUUGAAGUGCGCGAUGAACUUGGAAACAGGCGAAGCCAUGGAUGAGCUCACAGGACCGGCCAAAGAAUGGUGUCAGAAACACGGCGUGGAGAUCAGCACCGUGUCAGAAUUUCUGGAAAAGAAAGAUGAGAAACUCAUGAAAGCAAUUCAAGAUGGAAUUGAUCGCUACAACUCUAGAGCUAUAUCACGAGCACAAAAGGUAUGUAACCACCACCUCUUAUACCCCCCACUACCACCUCUUAUACCACCAUCCUCCUCCCCUUUUCCUUAGGUCGGGAAAUCAGUUCUUUCUCCCAAUCCUCCUAGAUGCCUCUCACCCUACGUGAGCGAUAUGCUCCUCAAGUAAACUUGAAAUAUUUGUAAGAACUGUUGAGGAGGGAAUUGGGAACUCAGUGUAUAACAUUACAGUGUGACUAACUCCAAAUAUAAUUUUUGGUAUGUGUAAUAUUUGGGUCAUUCUGAGAAGAAAUGUAAUGUAUCUUUAUAGUAAAAAAUCUCAUCUUGAUCAACUUUUUCACUGUCAAAGCUUCCAAAUAUGAUGUCAUUAGGUGAAUUUUCGGUGCUAAAACGAAAGGAAAACUAAUUUGCAAUUCGCCUAAUGACAUCAUAUCCGGAAACUUUGACAGUGAAAAAGUUGAUCAAGAUGGGAUUUUUUAUCAUAAAGAUAUAUUACAUUUCUUCUUAGAACGACCUAAAUAACCAAAAAUUAUAUUUGUGGUUAAUCGCACUUUAAAUCUUGUUGCUCAAACAUUUCUUACAAAUCCUUCAAAACUUAGAAUUUACCUAUGCGAAAUCCGUACUGUUAUCACAGAUUAAACUUUGAUAGUGUAACCUGGCUUAACAAACCCAAUGCCUUUCAGGUUCAAAAAUGGUGUAUUCUUGAGCGUGAUUUCUCCGUCCCUGGAGGAGAACUAGGUAGGUUCAUCUAAAACACAUGGUUUUGUGCUAAGUACCUGAUUAGACUUACUAAUUGCUUAUUAAUGUUCGUACUUCAACGCAAAUUGUAACAAAUCCAAUACUAUUUUCUGUAGGUCCCACCAUGAAAGUGAGACGACCUAUUGUAACAAAGAUGUAUGCGAGCAAAAUUGAUGCUUUCUACAGCUAGAAAUGAUUAAGUAUAACUUCAAUGGCUAAAGCGUGACUAAAAUUUAGUGUAGCUUUAUACAUACACAAUUGGAAUUUCGACCCCCAUUAAUCACUGAUAACAUUAAUGCUGGGUAUCAAUCUUACGUGAGAAUUGUUUUAAUUGAAUUAAAUUAACACUAACUUUUUUCCGUCGACAUAAAUUCUCCUCCAUGACAUGCGCAGAUAAAGUGUAGUACAUGAUAUGUCGAUUAAUAGAUCUAGCUUUUCACACUUGGUUGUGGAAAGCUCUUAUUGCUGACUAGGGUAUCCAAAAACAGGGUAUCCAAAAAAAAUGCAGUAGAUUAUAUGUUCAGAUUUUUGAUCGAAAAUCGGCGUAUUCAUUCUAAGAGAUGAAUUUUGGCACUAAAAUUAUUACAAUUGCUCUAGUAAAACCAAUGUUAGAGCUGUUUUGCCUGUCUUGCACAUUAUCUUGCGCAUUCUGAGUUUAGGGUCAGGAGUGAAGACAGAUUAGAGAUUCAUGUCUAGCUGUUUAUGAAUGCUGACUCAAAAUCCUUACCCUGUUCAGGAUAAAACAGCAAGACAUGAAUCCAUAUCCGUCUUCUGCCUUCGCCCACAACGAAUAUUUUGGCAAAAUUCGUUGUGAACUUCGUUCUGCACGAAGGCAGAAGGACAAAGACGGGAUAUAGUUUCAUGUCUCGCUGUAUUUUUCUGGAUCAGGGCAAGAAUUAGGAUCAGUAUUCAUAAACAGCGACACAUGGGAAGACACAUUGAGCAACCACCAGUGACGUCCAACUCAGUAUGCGCAGGAUAAUGUGCAGACGGCAAAAAUUGUCAAGUAUGCCUUCGUCUUCGUACUUCGUUGUCUUACUCAAACUCUCUACUAUAAGAAAAAGGGAUGCUCCAAUCCCCAGUUGCUCCGACUAUUUGAUUGGCUUCCUUUUUCUAAUAGUCCAGUCAGAGGCUUUGUUUACAAAUCUUUUGUGAAUUUCAACUUGCAAUUUGUUCGCAUCGCUUGCAAAUUGCUCAGAGCAAUCUGCUUAUCAGAAUUGCAAUAUUGUGGGACAAUAUUGCAAUGUUGUUCGCAAGAAAACAUCCGGUUUGACUGUAAACAGCCGCCAUAAUAUUCCUUCCUCUAGACUAAUUUGAAUAAUCUUAGUCUUAAAAUUCAUCUCUCAGAUUGAAUUUUCGAGUAAUUAACGGUGUUAAUUAACUAACGGGGUUUUGGGGGACAUCCUAUGGAGCUAAGUCGUAGAAUACCGUUUAGCAGAAUACCGUUUAGCAGACAAAUAGACGGCAGGUCGAGCCAGCUUCGUUGUCGAGACAUCACAAUACAUGCUUUCCGAAACGUAUGUCACCUCGGCUAUAGAGCCUCGUUUUCGCGAUUGGGACGUCAGGCUCAGUAACUAAGCUCACAUACAUGCAAGUGAGGCUCUAUAUAGCCAAAGUGACGUACUCCCCGGAAGGAUGUCAUUCAAUAUCAACUCCUACUCAUGUUGCCAGUUCAUUAUGGCGUAAAUCGAUGGCAUAAGUAAAUAUCGUUUCCCAUAAUCCGCCUAAUGCGUGUGAUUAAGUUCAGUCUCUCACUUGGCAGAGUAAAUAGACGCCUUUAAAAGCAAACAUACGAUGUUGAAAAGCAAAUACUCGAUGCUGAAAAACAAAUAAAUCCCCCAUAUCUUAUCCGUCCCUGGGUGUUGCGUGUCAGAUUAGGAAGCGAAGGCUAGACCCAGGUGUGCGGGCGGGCGGGGUCUGGGGCUUGUGUACAUGUAUAAUACAACCACAUGACUUCAA